CAGUGUCAACCACAGGAUGGAUAAACAUCGAUUGUGGCAAUGACGCUUUAGUGAUUGGAGACAAUGGGCUUCCAUGGAGUACAGACGAAGAGUUCACUAAAGCUGGCAAAAACAAACGGAUUCCAGAACGGGUGCUCACCCAUACAGAAAUGGCUACCCUCCGAUAUUUCCCUAAUCCAAGUGAUCAAAAUUGCUACACUUUGCCAACAGACCCUAAAGUCCCAAGAUACCUUAUUAGGGCAGGGUUCGUCUACGGUAAUUACGAUGGUCUCGAUCAUCCUCCAACGUUCGAUCUCGAGGUUGACGGUAAAAAAUGGUCGACAGUCACCACGACAUCAUCGACGAUAACGCCGGUGUACCAGGAGGUCAUGCACGCAACUCGUGGUUCAAGUUCUGUUAACGUGUGCUUGAAGCAAACCAGGGACGGCGAGGUGCCCUUCGUUUCUUCCCUAGAGGCCGUGCCAUUAGGCCCCAGUAUGUUCCCACACUUGUACCCACAAAUGGAGAGUGAUGCUACAUUUUUUCUAGUCAACAGAACCAACUUGGCUGGUGUUGAGGUCAGGUACACUAGUAUUUUAAAUGAUGAAAAGCACAACAGAAUAUGGGCAUCUGGACUCACCCCACCAAUUUAUAAUCUACUCACGACCUUACCAGGUUCUAACCCCCUAUUACCAAAUGACCCUCCUGAGUCAGUGUUACGCACCUCGACCGCAUCAUUCUUCACCUCCUCUCCUAUAAUCAUGACCGUUGAUUUUCCCGCUCAAUCAACCCCACAAUCAGCGUAUUUCGUAUUCUAUUUCACUGAAAUGGCGAUCAGGCCUUCCCCCAGCGACACGAGGGUCGUCGAUGUUUACGUUAACGGUGUGAGGAAGGCCACUGUGGCAGUUGAAGUCAAACAAUGUAAGGUGGUAACGGUGUACCCUGAAAUCCUUGUGGAUCCUACGGCUAAUGUAACGUUGGCGGCUGCAGAUUCAUCCACGUUGCCACCUAUAAUCAGUGCGAUGGAAGUUUUCACCACCGUUGAUCAUGUUCAAGAUCAUGAUAAAGGUUUCACCGUCGGUGCAUACGAUCCUUUGAUUUUAGCCUUUGUCAUUUUAAUUCAUGUUUUUGUUGUGAGGCAAUAUUGAUCUGCCUAAGGUAUUUUUUCUUCUUCAUUUGU